AAAUUGAAUUUUGUUUUGAUUUCUUCUUUUAUCGUCUUCUGAGUUUUUGUCUAAAAUCCAUUAAAAUACUUAAAAAUUCAACUCAAUACCACAUAAAAAGCGACUUUUCAGUCGACAACUUCCCAAAAUUACCUGAAAGUUCCCAAAUCCUUCGAAAUCCAAGAAAACAUAGCUUUAAUUGACCACUUGUUGAAUUCGUGACGAAGCAAAAUUAAAUAUUUACAUUCCCCUACAUCGAAAAAUUCAUUUGCCGGUCAAAGAUGUCACAAAAAAGCAGACUUGAGAAACGAGAAAAGUUCAAGAAAUCCAAAAGUGAUUCAACAGCAAAAGUCAUCGGAAUGCUAAUCUUCAAGAAUUUCUUAUUUUUCUUGUGGUUCAUCGUCGAUCUCGUGCUCGAACUCUUCCUCGGAUGGUAUUUGGGCGAAAAACGUACCUGUCCGCCGCUGAAAAAGGAUUAUUUCCUCGUAAAAAGUGCCACGGAGCUCGCUGAGAUGAUCCGAACUCGUAAAUUGACGUCAUACGAGGUGGUUAAAGCGUACAUUGAUCGCGUGAAUGAAGUGAAUCCCGUGCUAAAUGCCGUCAUUGACGGGCCUUUCAUGGAUGCGCUCGACGAGGCACGCGAAAUUGAUCGAAGAAUCCAAGCAGGUGAAGUGUCGGAAGAAGAAUUCAAAGAAAAACCCUUCUUGGGAGUGCCUUUCACGUCGAAAGAUAGCACAGCGGUGAAGGGAAAGUUGUAUACUUUUUGUAUUUUGGCGAGAAAAAACGUUCGAGCGAAGGAAGAUGCCGAAUGUAUUCGUUUAAUGAAGAAUGCCGGCGCAAUAAUUCUCGCUACAACCUCAAUUCCUGAAGUUAACAAGUGGCAAGAGACCAGAAACAAUUUAAUUGGCAGCACAAAUAAUCCGUAUGACACACGUCGCACUGUCGGAGGUAGUUCCGGCGGAGAAGUUGCCUUAAUUGCAUCUGCUAGUUCACCAUUCGGCAUCGGAACUGAUAUUGGAGGGUCGAUUCGCAUGCCGGCAUAUUACUGUGGGCUCUUCGGACACAAGGGAACCGUCAAAGUCGUCAAUACUCGCGGCGUCACCGAACGAACGGGCGAAGAGGAACACACAAUGGUCGUUGCCGGGCCAAUAACUCGUUACGCCAAGGACUUAUUACCGCUCUUCAAGGUCAUGGCAGGUCCCAAAAAGACUGCAGAGCUAAAAUUAAACUCACCUGUCGACAUUACAAAGCUCAAAUAUUACUACAUCGAUGCCAGUGGCGAUUUAAAGACUUUACCUCCGAAUGGCGAAGUCAAAUCCGCCAUGCAAAAAGUCGUUGCUCACUUUUCCGAACUCACGAAACAAAGCGUGGAAAAAGUAACGCUUCCCGGCACGGAAUACACGUCAAAAAUGUGGCGUUACUGGAUGACGCAAGAACCGGCGAUCUUCAAUAAGCUCCUCGGAAACGGCAAACGUCUAAAUCCGCUUGUGGAAGUCUUUAAAAAAGUCACGGGGCAAAGUGAGUUUACCUGGGCUGCCAUUUACAGCUUGAUUGAUGAACUCCUGCCGAAGGAAAAUGAGAAGAAAAUGCGACAAGUGACGAAGGAGUGUGAAGAAGCGUUGGAAAAACUCCUCGGAGACGAUGGAAUUUUGUUUUAUCCGAGCUAUCCGCGUGUAGCGCCUUUCCAUUAUGCACCCUUGAUCCAAGUUUACAACUUUAGCUACUGGGCAUUGUGGAAUGUGCUUCAAAAUCCAGCAACUCAAGUGCCUUUGGGAUUGGGUUCGAACGGAAUGCCGUUGGGAAUUCAAGUUGUAGCUACGAAAAAUCGCGAUUUGCAUUGCAUGAAGGUAGCGGAGGAGAUUGAAAGAGCUUUUGGAGGGUUUGUGCCUCCGUUUGUGGUUGAAAGGAACUGAAAUUUUUGUGAAAAAAAAUUUUUUGAGUAUUUUUAGGUAAAAGGUUGUUGUAUUAUUUAAUUUGGGGUGCUUUUAAUUUAUUGCAAAGGUUUUGUCAUAAAUAUACAAAAA